UAGCCUGUCGCCGUAAUUUGACCGCCGGUCGCCUGCUCCGGGUUAGCCGGUCACCAUCUCUGUGAUCAGAUAAUUAAAUAAUGGAAUCCAUCUGCUGCCAUGAAUAAACUAAAAUAUGGAAAGAAAGUCUACACUUGCGGAAGAAAGAAAGGAGGAAGUUGGAAUGGAGAAAGAAGACUCGAAAUCAAGCUCGUACGCUUCAAAUUCCCUCUCUCUCUGCAUCUCUAUAUUGCCAUUUCGACUCGGAUGUUCUCAUCGUCUUCAUCUUAUUCCAUUCUUCCCUGCAAAGUUUCAUCUUUUCUUCUUGCGCUUUUCCUUGCGUUCUUAUGACCUGCUUUCUUUUCCUCAUUCAAACUGUACUUCUGUUGCACGCCGUGCAAGAAUUCUUUCGAAAGAUGAAAUGGGUUCUGUUCUUCGACGAUUCUGAAUUGAAAAGGAGCUUCAUUUCGGUCAGAUAAGUUAUUUACUCGCUUUCUUCCGGAGUACCUUUUGGGCUCAUUUUCAAUGCGGACGAGGUGUUUGUUUGUUGUUCUCUUCUUCGUUUCUUCCCCGGUUCUUCUGUUGAAUUCGCUGAGCCAGGCCUGCGACUCCGGUGAUUUGAGCGCGCUUCUGGGUUUCUCGGCCGGCAUGGCCUCGGCUAUCCAAGGAUGGGGAAGUAAUUCGUCGUCGUCUUCCUCCACCUCUGACUGCUGCAGAUGGCCUGGAGUCCUCUGCGAUAGUCUGGUUUUAGGUGAAGGAAGAGUGAUUGGAUUGGAUCUCGCAGAAAGGAGUCUUCGCGGCUCAAUCUCAGAUAGCCUCGCCGGUCUUGAUCGUCUUAUGAAUCUCAAUCUAUCCUUCAAUUUUCUUCGCGGUUCUGUCCCGCAGAAGAUUUUUCUUCUUUCUGGAUUGGAGUUUCUUGAUCUCAGCAUGAACGGACUUUCUGGAUCCUUACCACCCAAUCCAGACCUUCCAUCUAUCAAAAGUUUCAACCUUUCAAACAACUUGUUCAGCGGAAUCCUUCCCAUCUUCUCCAGUUCUGUAAAGCUCAUAGCUUUUGAUGUCAGAAACAAUAGUUUUUCUGGUCCAAUUAGAGCAGAUUUCUGCAGUUCAUUUUCUCAGAUUCAAAACCUCAUUUUUACAAUGAAUGCUUUCUCCGGCCAGUUUCCGGUGGGCUUCGGCAACUGCCAGGCCCUUGUUCAGCUUUCCAUUGAUGUGAAUGAAAUUUCUGGCGGAUUACCUGAUGAUUUGUUUACUUUGAAAUCCCUGAAAUACCUGCACUUGCAGCAGAAUUCCCUUUCAGGUUCAUUGAGCGAAAGAUUUAGCAAUCUUUCUAACCUUCUUCAUGUGGAUCUCUCUAUGAACAAUUUCUUUGGAUUUAUUCCCAAUGUAUUUGACAAACUCAGUAAAUUAGAGUCAUUUUCUGCCCAGAAUAAUGGCUUCAAUGGUACUUUGCCUAUUUCUUUCUCCAACUUGACAAAUCUUAGAGUUCUCAACCUUAGGAACAACUCACUAAGUGGAGAGAUAAAUCUAAAUUGUUCUGCUAUGCAUAUGCUAAGCACCAUUAAUCUGGGUUCAAAUCAUUUCACGGGCUUCAUUCCGAGUAGCCUCUCACAUUGUUCAAAUCUAAACUCAUUAAAUCUCGCUAAGAACAACCUUAUUGGUGAAAUUCCAGAUAGCUUCAAGCUCCUCAACUCACUUUCUUACUUAUCUCUCUCAAACAAUAGCUUCACCAACAUAUCAUCAGCACUGCAAACGCUGCAGCAUUGCAGCAACCUUACUAUUUUGGUCCUCACAUUGAAUUUUCAUGGCGGCGAGACUAUCCCGGUUGAAGGAAUAUAUGGAUUUACUAAUAUGAAGGUUCUUGUCAUUGCAAACUGUGGUUUUUCUGGUUCUAUCCCAACAUGGCUGACCAGAAGCACCAACUUGAGCAUCUUGGAUUUAUCAUGGAAUAAAUUGAGCGGGUCAAUUCCUCCAUGGUUGGGGAACUUUGAUGCUCUCUUUUAUCUUGAUAUCUCAAAUAACUCUCUCAGAGGAGAAAUUCCAGUGAGUUUAGCGGGGUUGAAGAGCUUGAUUCAUCCCAAUUCAUCCAUUCAAGCACCAUCCAUCCUAAAUUUCCCGUUUUUUGUCAAGAGAAAUGCUUCCGUGAAGGCGUUCCAGUAUAACAAUCUUGGCAGCUUCCCGCCAUCUUUGAUUCUGAGUAACAACGAACUUGUUGGUCCAAUCCCACCGGAGUUUGGGAGUCUCAAGUUGCUCCUAGUCCUGGAUUUGCACAAGAACAAUUUAUCAGGGUCCAUGCCUGAGGAGCUUUCAGGAAUGGCAAGCUUGGAAAAGUUAGAUUUUUCUUACAACCAUCUCACUGGAAAUAUACCUGCUGCACUAACCAAGCUGAACUUUUUAUCCAAUUUUGAUGUGUCUUUCAAUAACUUAGUUGGUCCAAUUCCAUCUGGUGGCCAGUUCUCAACUUUCUCCGGUUCUGACUUCAUAGGAAAUCAGGAUCUAUGUGGCUUUCAUCUCUCUCCCUGUCAGUCUGAAACCAGUCAUCUUCCUCAAAGCAGAAAGCAGACGAGCAAAGCUAUGAUUGCAGGAGUUGCAGUGGGAAUGGCAACAGGAAUCACCUUUCUCCUUAUAAUAAUCUACUUGGUUGUAUCAAAAUUUCUUUCCAGAAAGCAAGAAGACAAUGCGAAGGUGGUGGCAAACAAUGAUGAUGGUUUAGAAGCCGCCGGAUCUCCAUUGGAGGUUGUGUUUCACAACAAAGACAACAAGGAGAUGAGCAUCAAUGCCAUCUUGAAAUCUACAAACAACUUUGAUCAAUCCUUUUUAAUAGGAUGUGGAGGCUUUGGUCUGGUCUACAAGGCAUCACUUGAAGACGGAAGAAAGGUGGCGAUCAAACGACUGUCAGGUGAUUUUUGUCAGAUGGAGCGUGAAUUUCAAGCCGAGGUUGAAGCUCUUUCCAUGGCGCAACAUGAAAAUCUCGUCUUGCUCCAAGGUUACUGCAAGGUUGGGAAAGAUAGGCUCUUGAUCUAUUCUUUUAUGGAAAAUGGAAGCUUAGAUUACUGGCUCCAUGAGAGAACAGAUGGUGCUUCUAUGUUAUGUUGGUUCAGAAGACUUAAGAUAGCUCAAGGAGCAGCAAGGGGAAUGGCUUAUUUGCACCAAUCAUGCCAGCCAAAUAUAAUACAUAGAGACAUCAAAUCAAGUAAUAUUUUACUUGAUGAACAUUUUGAAGCUCACUUGGCUGAUUUUGGGCUAGCAAGGCUCAUACUACCUUAUGACACACAUGUCACCACUGAUCUUGUUGGAACAUUGGGCUACAUUCCGCCAGAAUAUGGCCAAGCUUCCAUAGCUACUUUUAAGGGAGAUAUCUAUAGUUUUGGUGUGGUUCUUCUAGAGCUGCUCACUGGUCGAAGGCCGGUAGAUAUCACUAAGCCAAAAGGAAGCAGGGAGUUGGUGUUAUGGGUGCUUAAGAUGAAGGAGAGGAAGGAGACUGAGUUGUUUGAUCCGAUUAUAUACCGUAAGGAGCUCGAAAAACAGCUCCUCCGUGCACUUGAGAUCGCGUGUCUUUGUGUCAAUGAAUCGCCUAAAUUGAGGCCAUCAACUCAGCAGCUAGUUUCAUGGAUUGACAGCAUUGAUAGAGAAAGAUGAUUAUAAGGUGAGCAAAAGCUGAGCUAAUCUCAGUGUAUAUAAUAGUUUGGAUUAAAGAUUGUGAUAUUUUGCCUUUGUUUCUUUGGAAAAAUUUUUGUUUGUUUUAAAUCACAGUUAUGUGUUGGGCCUUGAACUCAGGACCUUGUGGUUAAAGACAAAGCUCUCAACUACUAAGUUGAGUGGGCUGCAAAUCGUCUUUUCGAGAAAUUUAAUCUAUUUUAGUUCCCUAAAAAUAGUUGUAAGAAUUGUGAGGUGUAGUUUAGAAUGUGAGAAACUUUAAUGUGUGGUUUGAAAAGGUGUGGAUGAUAUAGAAAGGCGAUUAGCAGUCUAUACAGAACUGUGUACAACCGGGCGUACGUGCAGCAUAUUGGCUCUUUCAACUGGUUUGGUGCACCUUCGAGUACUUCCUCAUUGGCACAUACAUAAUGAUUUCUCUUAAAGUGUAAUUUCAAUGAUUUUGUUUUAUGGUUGUAUAUACAGUAGUGUUUGUUCUUUCUUCUACAUGCCCAAUAGUUGAACACUAUUACUGAA